ACUACAUACUGAUAUACACCUGAACAUCAGAGGAGAGGACUCUUUAAAGUAGAGACACUACAUACUCUUUAAGACCCUAAAUGCCUUCAGUAAUAGUAUAUAAUUUGUAUUUGGGACACAUUUUCGUUUCACCACCGCUACACUUGAACAUAAACUGACCUCAGACCUGCAUCUACCUCCUAACAGCCAAUCAGAAAGCAGCUUUUUGACAGGUAGUGAAGUUUUAACGUGGAUCCAUAAACUAAAGUGUGCGCAGACGGUUUAUGUUGUCGCCCUGUAGCAAUAAGAUCUGUUUCCCACAUCCAUAACCCCUGAAAUGUCACUGUGUCACGUCUUAUUGCUAAUUAUAUGUCAAUGUGGACGCCCGUGUUCUGCUCUCCUUCUUCUACAUCUAUCCUUUUUUUAUCAUUUUAUUCUUUUACACUUGACUGUCUAUGAUCUCGUGCAGGUUACUAAGGAUUACAGACUGGCAAGGGUUUCUGGUCCAUUGACAUAUAAUGACAUUACAACUGCUUCAUCGGAGGGGAGGAGGGACAUUUGGACAGACAGAGAGAGAGGCUGGGAUGAAGCAGAAGCUAUUGAUACAGGACAAGGAGGUGAACCUGGAACAGGUGCAUCGGCGUAUGAACAGUCUUUUGGACGAGGACUUGGUCCACAAGCAGAUCCCAGGUCCGUCUAUCGAGAUCUCUGCGCUGGACAUCGGCAACAUGCAGCCCAGCCAGGCCUCUCUGAUGCCCUCGGACCUCGCUUUGACCACCUUUCUGCCAGGGGAGGGGGGCCCGCCGCUUCCUCUACCCCACCCUCACCAUGGGGGGUCCAUAGGGAGGACGCACCACCUGUCUCAGGCUCCUGGCAGCAGCACGUUGCCCCUCCACCUGCACCACCACCACCACCAGGCUCUCAACACCAUGCAGUGCAAACACAGGCAACCCAACGGGGGGAUUUUCCGUCAGAGUCCUGGCAAGACCCCCACCCAAAUGCCAAUAUCCUACCAGGGAGUCUCCGCAGGACCCAUACCCGAAGUCAUUGAUGCCACACACAGUACGUCCAUUUAAAAAAGGAUUGUUUUUCCUUCAUAGGUGAGUCGCACCUCUGGACUAUGGUUUAAAAGGUCAUGUUUAAAAGGUCAUGUUUCAAAGGUCAUGUUUCAAAGGUCAUGUUUAAAAGGUCAUGUUUCAAAGGUCAUGUUUAAAGAUCCCCUAUCAUGUAAAGGUCCAUGUAAAGUGCUAUAAAAAUGUAAUCUGUUAUCACUAAAUUGAAGCCAUCUCCUAUUAUCUUUAAAGAUCUCUUAUCUCUCCUGGUAAAAGAUCUGUAUCAUGUUUAAAGAGGAAGUCAUUGAUGCCACACACAGUACAUACAAAAGGAUUGUUUUUCCUUCAUAGGUGAGUCGCACCUCUGGACUUGAUCUCCUAUCAUGUUGAAAUAUCUCCUAUCAUGCACAGGUCCAUGUAAAGCUUUUUACAAAUGUAAUCUAUUAUCAUUAAAUGGAAGCCAUCGAUGCCACACACAGUACGUCCAUAUACAAAAUAAUAGUUCCUUUAUAGAUGAGUCGCACCUCUGGGCUUUGGGGUCAAAGAUCUCCUAUCAUGCUAUGUGUAUGCAUACAUGUCCAUGAUGUGUUCUGCUCAAUACUCAUAUCUCUGUAUAAAGACAUCAGAAAGUGCAAUGUGCACGAUAGGAGACCUUUAGAUACGAGAGGAACACUAUUAUUAUAGGAGAACAAAUAUGUACAAAGAAAAAAGUUAGAUUUUGUAUCUCACUAUCUGAAAA